UUGGUCUCUGAUGGGACCGGGCGCUCCCCCUUACCUUGUCUCCCGGGUCUCUUGAGGAGCCCAGGAAGGAGGCUCCGCCGGUGCCGCCGGUUCAGGGGCUCCCGUGACCGGGCUGCGGCAAUUGUUAGGGGGUCAUGUCGGCCGCCCAGGGCUGGGACAGGAACCGCCGGAGGGGAGGAGGUGCUGCCAGCGGUGGUGGCGGAGGUAGCGGGGCCAGCGGGGGCAGUGGGGGCAGCGGGGGUCGGGGCACUGGCCAGCUCAACCGCUUCGUGCAACUCUCCGGGCGGCCGCACCUGCCAGGUAAGAAGAAAAUACGAUGGGACCCAGUUAGGAGGCGCUUCAUUCAGUCCUGUCCCAUCAUAAGGAUCCCUAACAGGUUUUUGAGAGGCCACAGACCUCCACCAGCACGAAGUGGACAUCGUUGUGUGGCAGAUAAUACCAAUUUAUAUGUGUUUGGAGGUUAUAACCCAGAUUAUGAUGAGUCAGGAGGGCCAGAUAAUGAAGACUAUCCUCUCUUCAGGGAGCUUUGGAGGUAUCAUUUUGCUACAGGAGUAUGGCACCAGAUGGGCACGGAUGGCUACAUGCCCCGGGAAUUGGCAUCUAUGUCACUUGUGCUGCAUGGAAACAACUUGUUAGUGUUUGGAGGUACCGGCAUCCCGUUUGGCGAGAGCAACGGCAAUGAUGUCCAUGUCUGUAAUGUGAAGUAUAAGAGAUGGGCUUUGCUCAGCUGUCGGGGGAAGAAACCCAGUCGUAUAUAUGGACAGGCCAUGGCUAUCAUCAAUGGCUCCCUUUAUGUCUUUGGAGGGACAACCGGCUAUAUUUACAGCACAGACCUGCACAAAUUAGAUCUUAAUACCAGAGAGUGGACACAACUGAAACCAAACAAUCUGUCCUGUGAUCUACCAGAAGAGAGAUACAGACAUGAAAUUGCACAUGAUGGGCAGAGGAUUUACAUCUUGGGAGGUGGUACUUCCUGGACGGCUUAUUCCUUAAACAAGAUCCAUGCAUACAACCUUGAAACAAAUGCAUGGGAGGAAAUUGCAACAAAGCCCCAUGAAAAAAUAGGUUUUCCUGCAGCUCGAAGGUGUCACAGUUGCGUUCAGAUAAAAAAUGAUGUAUUUAUUUGUGGGGGCUAUAAUGGAGAAGUAAUCCUGGGAGAUAUCUGGAAAUUGAAUCUGCAGACAUUUCAAUGGGUAAAGCUCCCAGCUACCAUGCCAGAGCCAGUUUAUUUUCACUGUGCUGCUGUUACACCAGCUGGUUGCAUGUACAUUCAUGGAGGAGUGGUGAACAUCCAUGAAAACAAACGGACUGGGUCACUGUUUAAGAUCUGGCUGGUGGUACCUAGCCUGCUGGAACUGGCAUGGGAGAAGCUGCUCGCGGCCUUCCCUAACCUAGCAAACCUCUCCCGAACACAGCUUCUGCACCUUGGACUCACACAGGGACUCAUCGAGCGCUUGAAAUGAGGAUGUCUGGACUGGUCAUUGAUACUGGAAAUGUUAAUUUAAAAAGACUCCUUUAUUUAUGGGCAGUGUAGAAUGUGCUACAAAGAGGAUUGGUUACCUUGAUCAAGGCCUUAUUCAGAAAAUACAUCAGAUGCCUUUCCGUAAAUUGGUUUUUAAGUUUAUGGACAUCUCACUUUCCCAUGUGCUUCCUUCUUUGCCUCUCUCCUCCUGCCCCAACACAUAUACACAUACACACUCCUUCUUUCUCGAUGGAGUUGAGGAGAAGUCUGAAAGUACCUUAAUAAUGUUAUGAAUCAAGAUUAAAAAAAAAUUUUUAAGGGAAUUCUGAACAUAUAACCAUGUUAACCAAUGUUCUACAAACUAAAGCAUCAUCAAUAAAAACAAACAUUAAAUCAAAACUUUGAAAAUUCCAGCAACAUGAAGAAGUUUAGAGGGUAAAAUGAGAAGGCUAACCUUGAGAGUCCUGCAGGUUAUAUUGAAGCCUAGAUGUUUAAAUUAGCUUUUUCACGGUGCAUCUAAUUCAGUAGCUGAUCUAAUGGCAGCAGCGCUUGACUUCUUGCUGCAUGGAUAUUCAAACCAAUCCUUUGGCUUUAAAGGAAAGAUAAGCAGCUCAGCGACUCCUGGUUAGUGAUUUCUUUUCUCAUCCGUAUGGUGCCACCGAUGGUUACAGCUGGCUAGUUGAAAGACUGCCAAGUGUGACGUGCUCGUGCUCUUUGAUGUGAUUCUCAGAAAUCACGGCAUCAAGAGUAUUUCAAAUUGAAAACGUUAUGGUGGACAAAGUUCUUCAUUCUGACAGUUUUGAAAUUCCCCUAUGUUUGUUAAUAGUUUUAGGUAUCUCUGACUUCUUCGCGGGGAAUUUUAUAGACCCUAAAUGUUUGGUGUAAAUGCCUUGACACAUAAACACAUACUUGUGAGAGAGGCCAGAGAAGAGCUGGGCAGAAAGAGCUGUACCCUUCGGGCUGUUAACUUGGCUUCUGCUCAGGCCGUGGUCUUUGCCACGUUGGCCAUUUUCUUUUCAGAGCUUUUUAAAUCUCUGGACCAUGUACCUGCCAGUUUCUUAGGCAGUUUGUCCUUGAAUUUUCCCUGAGCUCGUUGCCUCCUUUUCUAUGUGCUUCAAUGUGCAUGGUGCUGCAAUUGUCUAGAAUUAGCUAAAAGGUUUUUGGGGGAAAGCCACAAGUCAUCUUUCCUAAAGAACCAAGUAUCAUUUAAAAACUAGCAUGAGGAAGGAAUGAAACUGAGGAUCAUUCACCUUUUUUGGUAUGAAAUUUUAGUUUUUGUUUUGGUGUAUUUUUUUAUUUCUAUAAAGAAAAAAGAUCUAAAUUUUCACUUGCUUUGCCAUCAAGCUGCUAGAGGAUUUGAGCAAGUGCUGGCCAUGAGCAUUCAGAAGUCCGUAGGUGCUGAAGGCACACCAGAGGACACAGUGCUGAUUCCUUGCAGGCCACCUCACAGCAGUUCACUCACUUGGGGAAUUUGGGACACAUUUUUCCUUUAAGUGCCUCUUUUUCACAUAGCUUUUAAAGUUAUUCUUUUUCCUUCUUCCCAGAAGGGAUCUCGUUAGCUUAUGUGUGGAUUUAAAAUCACCUUUUGAGUUAAGGCUAAAAAUUUAUACUAUCUGGUGUUCAGUUCUGGAAAAGAGAAAACCAUGGCCUCUAGACGUGGUUUCCUAACUUCUAGGCCUUAUUAUAACAUCCUGUACGUGUUGGGUUGAGUAAAUGGUGCCUGUAUUCUGCAAAGUCUUGUAAUAACCACCCAUCUGUGAGUUUAGGUCCUCUUUAGGGAGUGAGGAAUGUGGGAGAGAGGCAGGAAAAGGAGCAGCUCCUCUAGUGGUCAUCCACCCACAUCUUGUCAUUACCAGUCUGUGUGCCACUUAACCUCCGCCACCCACUGUCAGACUUGUUCCUCUGAAGAGUUCUUUCCAGAGCAAGGCAGUCUGAGCAGCUCCGCUGGUCCAAAUCAGAGCUUCGCUGCUGACUCCAGCCUGGUCUCUGCAAGUUGGGUGGAAAAUACAUCACAACUUAAAAGUCAGGCUGUCUAGGGUGGUGAGAGGAUUUUUAUCAUGGAUUUAUAUAGGGACCAAAGACAGAAUGCUCAGCCUCUGUGCUUAGACUUCCCUGGUCUUUGGGAUAUUAGUGGGUCUCCAGCUCUCCUACACCAGGAAGCUGGAGAGAGAUGUGGUCUGGUUCCAUCCACACUUGCUAGCACUCUUGGCUAAGCCUUCUGAGGGUACUUUUCGUUGAAGUAGACUUUGGAGGCAGAUCUGUGCAUGACGGUUUCAUAAAAGUGCACAUCCUUGGUCUAAACUGUCUUUUAAUCUAACACUAGUGAAAAUGACAUGGUAUCACCAGCGCUGAGUGCUAUAGAGCCACACAUGUGCACACGUUCUAGAUGCCAAAUGAGACUGUGUUAUGACUGAAAUGUAGAUGACUGGAAUUUUAUACAAGAGGUCAUCAGGCAUUUUGGUUUACCUAUAACCAGCACUAAGAAUUCCUGACACUGUUUCCUUGAUUUAGGAAAGUUUAUGCCUGCUGUUUCUUUGCCUCUUUGAGGUGCUCCCAGCCAUCUUGCUACAGUCCUGUAACUUUAAGUGCAAUAUAUAGAAACACAUAUGGAUAUAUACAGAUUGUAUAUAGGGUGCAACUAUAAAGCAGAUAUGCCACUUUUUUUGUACCUAUCUUAGGGAAGCCAGCUCAUUACUUUAGAGUUAAAUCAUGUCAGGAAUUUUAGAUGUGAUCAGCUGGUUUAAACCAACUCUUGGUAAAGCUGGAUUUUCAAGUCCAUGUUUUUAAACUCCAACGCUUAGAGACUUACUGUCCCUUGGGUUUGUUAGAGUUGAGAUUUUUUUUCCCCAGUCAUCUUUGUUCUAUCUCCUGUCUGCAUGACUUGUUACGUUUCUUUGCCUCAGCAGAAGGAAGUCCACAUGUAAGAAGUUUCCUAAAUGGAAAAUUAAAACCUAGUAUUUAAUACUAUCAGUUCUCCCAUGUAUAUACUAAUUUAUCUGGGAAUAUAAUACUUUAUUAAACGAAGACACUGAUGCUUUCUUCAUUUAAUAAAAUACUUGCCACAUCCUAGAAAACUAUAAACUCAUGCAGAAUAAUUGAAAUUUUAACUAUGCUUCAGGGGCCAAACAAAACCCUUUCCACUGUCAGAAUCUUCUUUUGUUAGUGCCCUAAUGAUGUGAUGUAAAAAUUUCCUUGAAACCAUUCAUGCCCUUACAUAGCUAGAUUUAAAAGUAUAAUGAAUAUAUUAACGUUUUUAAGCAAAAGAUAUGUUAACCGUGAUCUUUGGUUAUCCAGAGUAGCAAGAAUAAAGCACAGAUAAUUGAAAUCCUUAGAUAAUCAGUGUAUCAGCUUUUCUAUCAACAGCUGAUUCAUUUACAUUUCUUUUUCCUCCCUAUCCCUUUCCCCUAAGAACCUCUUUCCCAGUGGAAUGAGGCUAAUGAGUAGUUAGAAAAGAAAAAGGAAGAAUCUCUGAGGGGCUGGAAAUCAGUGAACAUGUAAGCGGCCUGAUUACCUAUAAUUGGUCAGUCUGAACAAUUAUAGUUGAAUGCUAAAAUUAGGUACCAUGGGUGGUAAUCUUGAGUUUAGAUGUUACUCUUCAGCAUAAUCUCCUGCCCUGAGUUCUAGGCUGUCUCUCUUACAAACACCAAAGAACUCUUAGCACCUACAGGCAGAAAAAGCUGUAUGUUGCAGGGGAAAUUCCAUUAUUUGAGCACAUUCCUUUGGCUCUUGAAAAACUUGCUUUUCCUCUGAUCUUGAAGGAGUCUUGCUUCUUCCUUAGGAGAUACCUUUUCCAGUCAUAUAGCUUGGCAUAUAGGAAAGGUUGAAUUAUCCUCUAAGACUGUGUUGGUCUUAUGAUUCAGUAAAACCCAUUUGUUUUUAUGUGGUCUUACAGAUGUUUAGAAAGUGGCACAGGUUACUGAUCUACCUGCCAGCAUUCUGAUAUAGCACAAAAAGCCAUUUUCAUUAUUUUAAGAUUUUUUUUCUGGUAUUGAGCUCAUGUAGGAGGGUUCAUGGUCCUGUGAUCAUAAGUUGCACUCCCCAAACUGGUCACUGUUAACUUAAUUUGCUUUGGUUCCCCAAAUAUGCUUGGAACCCUAGGAGCAUUGGCAAGGCCUGCAGUAGGCUCAGUGAAGUUCCAUACCCCCACUGCUGUCACCACUGGAUCAUGCCCAGCCUUCGCAUUUCUCUUCUAAGGUCAUUAAAAUCAGAGGAAAGCGACCUCUUCCCUAGUCUGGUGUUAUGAACAGAAGUCCUGAGUUGUGCUUCAAAAGUGAUACCAUCUUUUUAGUGUAAUUUUCAUGUUUCUGAUUUUUUAAAAAAUGUUUUAGAAGUUUUUUAAAGGCCCUGCUUAUUCAGCGUACAAGGUGAGUCAGAAACAGUUUUCAGACGGAAAAAAAAACAAUUUCACCAAGCGGUAGUAUUUGCUGUUUUACUAGUUACACAUUUAGAAUACAAAGGAGGCAUCAGAAAACACUCUGACUUUCUCCAAAGUCACUUACUUAUACCAGAGUCUGCGCAGGAAGAGCACAGGCAUCUCCCUACAAAGGCACCUGCCAGGGACAAAUUUACUGGAAGGAUCUGGGCAAGAAAGGAAAGCCUCCUUCUGAGCCGCAGUCUCCAAGGGGUGAGCCUAGGCUUUGCUCUUCCUACAGGGUAUGGUUGGGCUACACACAAUGCUUGCCUUAUUUUAAAGCUAUUUGCCACCGUCCUGUUAAAUAGUGUGGAUGUCCUUUUGCAGUCUGGUGUGCAUGCCAUAUGAUCAGGACAGCUUUUCCACCUUACCUGGUUUCCUACACACAAGUAGGAAAUAUAGUGAAUUUACCCUAAAAUGUCCAAUCUGUAUUUAUGUAUCUUGUCAGUGUUUUGCUGUUGGUUUUCUAAAACAAUCUGAUCAAUAAAUCUUACCCAGAU